AUACAUAUGCACUGAGGAAAAGAUUUCGAAUUGGUUCAUUCAUCUGUUUCUUUUGGAUGAUCUAAAGAAUGAGAAAAUCCAUGUGCUAUUAGGCCUUAAGUUGUUUCGCACUUGGUUUUCAUGAGACGUGAAGAAAGAAAAUUGAUCAGGAUCGUGAUUUGAUUUGCAGAAUCAGGACCUCACACCCUGCUCCGGGGCAAAAAAAAAUGCACCCUCCAACAUGGCCACUACCAGUAGCUUGUAGCCCAUUUUCUGUAGGGAAAUGCAUGGCAGCUUCUAGCACAUGAAUCGCCUAUGUUAGUUGGCACAAGUCGCAUCUGUCCCCAGUGACGUGUUUGUCGGUAUCUAGAUGCUUCGCGUAUCUUCCUGCGGCUUUCCAGAUUACCAACCAACCAUCCAAAGAAAUCCAAUAACAGCACCUCAAGGUGUUCAGCCACCGUUACCUGAUCCGUCUUCGCUUCCCAGGUUCCCAAAAGAAAAAUUUUGGUAAAUAAUUAGUUUAGAGGAAUUAAUGUAAUCAAAAUUUUACUCUUUUGAUGACUGAAUAGUUAAUAACUUGUUAUAAAUUGAAAAUUACACA